CAUAGAAGAAAGAUGGCGAUCUGCAGUGUGUUUGUUGUCAAUAAGGCCGGUGGACUCAUCUACCAGUACGACAUGUACCUCGAGCUGAAGUUGAAAAAACAUUCAGCUUUCGGCUUGAUAUAGUUUUAAAGAUUCAUGAUGAGAAGGUGGUUGUCUCAUUCGGACAGCGGGACGGGGUCAGAGAGAGUGUGUGUGUGUGUGUCUGCAAACCAUCCCAUGUAUUCAUACACAGUUACAGUGGGUCAUGCGGUUCUGUCCAUUAACGGGGUGGAUGUGAAUGUUAAAUACACAGCUGAAGGGAAGGAGAUCCUGGAAUAUCUGAGAGAUCCUGCCAACUAUCCAGUGUCCAUCAGAUUUGGGCGACCUCGUCUCACCUCCAAUGAGAAGCUCAUGCUGGCAUCAAUGUUUCAUUCGCUGUUUGCCAUUGGAUCACAAUUAUCACCUGAAGUUGGCAGCUCUGGCAUUGAAAUGCUGGAGACAGACAUGUUUAAACUGCACUGCUGUCAAACACUCACAGGACUGUUUUUCUCUUGUUGUAUAAAGUUCAUUGUAUUGGCUGACCCUCGACAGUCUGGUAUUGAUGCCCUUCUAAGAAAGAUUUAUGAGAUCUACUCAGACUUUGCACUGAAGAAUCCUUUCUACUCUUUAGAAAUGCCUAUCAGGUGUGUUCUUUUUUUUAGUUAUAAUUUUGUGAUUUGCUUGCAGCUCAAGAUGCACAAUACAUGCUCUUUGAAACAUGUUUAUUAGCAUCUUUACAUUUAUUACAUUAAAUGUACAUGUCAUUUGCCUUCUGUCGGCAGAAUAUGAAAAGUCUACUGUACCUUGAUCAGUUUCUCUAACUUUUUUAUUUAUAUAAACUCAUUUCAUUGUGCUAUUAAACAUUCAUGUGACAUAACACGUUGUCAAAUUUCAGUAGACACAUUUAUGAAUUUGUAGUACUGCAGAUACAGAGGACCAGUUAAAGCUUUAAAAUGCAUGGAAGGUACAAGAAAUAAAUUUAUUUUACCUGUUUCAAUAGCAAUAAAAUGUUAAUACCAGUGAAGAAAUGGCUUUAACGUGCCUUAACCAAAAGACAAAGUUGUGCAAUGUAAGCACUGAGUGAGCAGAUUCAGAACAAUGUAAAAUACUGUCAUCCGUUUUUAAAAUGAACAGAAUAAAUAACAUGAUGUGCAGAAAGUGACACAACAUGGUAUCCUAUUUCAUAUGUCGCUAAAAUAGUGUAAUACCUUGGGAAUAGAUAUCCACGGUGAAUUUAUUAUAUUU